AUCUAACAACUUAUUAAAACAAUAACUAAACAAAAUGCCACACAAUAAAGAAGCCAAAGAAAUCUUGGGUCUCAAUCGCAUAACCAAAAAACGUAUAAUGGAAUUAUGCAAAAAAGAUAAAUUAUAUCAAACGCCAGAAUUAAAUGAUGUUUUGUAUUUGCAUUAUCAGGGCUUUGAAUUUAUCGAGUGUUUGGAUGAAUAUACCGAACUUAAGUGUCUUUGGUUGGAGUGUAAUGCCAUUUCGGAAAUCCAGGGACUCGAUAAACUAAGCAAACUGAAAUGUUUAUUUUUGCAAAGUAAUUUGAUAAGGAAAAUUGAGAAUCUGGAAUAUUGCAAAGAAUUGGAUACCUUAAAUUUAUCACAAAAUCACAUAAGAAAAAUUGAGAAUUGUGGUUUUGAAGUGUUGCCGGUUUUGAAUACUUUGAAUCUUACCUCGAAUUAUCUAAAGGACUACGAGGGUUUAAAGGAAUUGCAGUAUUGUACUAAUUUAUCGGUAUUGGAUUUAUCCAAUAAUCGUAUUGAUGAUAUAUUGGUUGUAAAGAUUUUUGCUAAAAUGCCGGCUUUAAAAGUUUUGGUAUUGCAAGGAAAUCCAGUAGUUUCAAAAAUACCACAAUAUCGGAAAACUUUGAUAUUGGAAUGUAAACACUUAACUUAUUUGGAUUCUCGUCCAGUAUUUCCUAAAGAUCGGGCCUGUGCUGAAGCUUGGAAACGUGGUGGCUAUGAAGAAGAGCGUAAAGAAAAUGAACGUUGGAAUCGUAAAGAGCGCAAGAAGAUGAGAGAUGGCGUAAAUGCGACCAUUCAGUUGCGCAAUAAAAAUCGUAAACCUGAAGACCAAAUAUCUCUAAUACCAUCAUCCGAUUCUGAAGAUGAAUCAAAUACUCGAAAGAAGAAGCUACAAAUUCGUCAGGGAUCUGAAGAUAGUAGAGAUUGUAUUUGGAAUGAAGUGGCAGAGGACAAACAUAAUCUACCAAUUCAACAGGAAUCAAGAGAGGAGGCAGAGGACAAAAAGUCGGAGAGAUCUUCUAGCUUAGAUAUUAGUAGUGAUGGUAAAUCUUCUGAAUCCUUUCAAAGUCCUGAAAGUGAUAGCAAUGGAGAGAUAGUUGAAUCCAUGAUAGAGGAUAGAGAUAAUGUUGAGAGCAUAAAAGAGCAACAAAUGCCAGAAAAGGAGAUAAAACUAGAUUCAGAAAGAAUUUUGGAAACAGGAAAGCCAGAAUUAAGUAGUACAAUUCUCACAAAACUCGAUGAAGAUAUAGAUUUCCAAGAGAUUAUAGAAAAUACAACAAAAUCUGAAAAUUGCCUUAAAUCUUCAGGCAAAAAAGUACAAUUGCAUAUCGAAAACAUUAAAAGUUUAGAUGAGAUAGCCGAUUCAGAUCCGUCAGAGAAAUAUCAACCCAUUAUUGAAGCUAUAAAAAAUAUAACAAAAUCAGAAGAAGAUACUGGAUCUAUAUUGAAUAAAAAUAUCGAAAAUCUAAAUAAAAAUGAGACAAAUGAUGAUGAUAAUUACGAACCAUUACAAGAAUUGGAAGAAACUAUGAAUAUUUUAUUAAAACCAGAAACUGACAAACAGUUAUCUAGUCAUCCAGCAACUAAAAACGAACAACUUGAAUUGGAAAAUGAACAAGAACGUUUAAAAGUUAAUCUUCAGUUAAAAACAGAUUUUGAAGAAUUGACCACAAAUUUAAAUGCUUUUGUCAAGCAAUUGGACAAAGACCAGGAAAAACGUCAAGAAGUUAUUAAGGCCUUGUUUAAUAAGAAUACGGCGGCCAAAGAAAGUAGCAGUGAAAGUAGUAGUGACAGCGAGGAGAAAGUCAGUUUGGAGAGACAGAAAUUUGAAAAUAUGAUUGAUCAAUGGGAUAGAGAUUCUAGAUUGAAGACAGGCAAUAAGGAAUACAAAGAUGAAGAGCUAAUUAAGGAAACAGAAACAACAGAUAUUAAUAAAGAUUUGAGAGGUUCAUCUGAUGGCAAGCAAAUAUGCGAACCAAAUCAAGAUGAAGAAAAAUCAGAAAUUACUAUCAAUAAGAAAAUGUUUGGUUCCAUGGAUAUUUCAUUAUUAACACAGAAAUCUAAUGAAGCUUUGAAUUCGCUGGAAAAAGAAUCCAAAGAAUUAAAAAGAUUGCUACAGCAAUUAGAAAAUAAAAAUGAAGAUCUCUUUAAAGAUAUCAAUAAAGAGGUCAACUGCCAAAGCGAGACAGAAAGUCAGGAGAACAGGGUAAAAGAAAUUGCAGAAGUUCCAAAUAAAAAUGUCGAAAAUCAAGCUUUAGAUGAAGACAAAUCUAUGAAAGCACAGCAUAAUGAGACAAAAGCAGAUCUAGUUAAACAAAAAACUGUUAAAGAAGGAGAAAAUAUCAAAGAGGGAUUAGAGCAGCAAGAUCAACAAGAAAUUGUUUAUAUUAUAAUAGAAGAACUUCUAAAGUCUUUGGAACUAAAAGAAAAAUCUUAUGAAUUUCCAGAUCCAUUAGAAUAUCAGGAAGACAAGGACAUAUUGCCACCACAACACCCAACAAUUUUUGAAAAUAUUCCUGAAUUUGUUGAAUCAUUUAAUCAGUUUUACAAAACUAUUGAAACGAAAAAUUUAUCUCUCGAAAACCACAAGUCAUUAGCUUUAAAAGCAUUGUGUAAACAACCAAAUUUAAAACAAUUCAAUAAUGAUACUCUCCAAACAUUGGAUGAUCAAUUGGAACAAAUUAAAAGAGAACAACAUAAAAAAGUUCGCCGCAUGGUUGAUAGAGUUUAUGCGCAAAAAGAACGUUAUAAUGAUACUUUGGAAUUAUUUGAUGGAAAACUAAUGGUGCGUAACAAAGAUACUCAAGAACUAAGGGAACUUCCACAACCUGGUCGACAGGAUUCCACAGAUAGUGAGACUGAUUAUGAUACAGCUCAGUCUGAGGAAGAGAAUGAGGAUUGCAGCAAAAUAAAGAAGAAUUUAAAGGGAGAUCAAAAGCUUUGUAGACCUUAUAAGCCAACAGCACGUAAAUCCAGUGAGGAUCUUAUAGUCCAAGCUUUAAUUGCUAACAAAACAAAUAGAGCUGCUGAUGACAGUGAGGAGGAGAGCACUGAGGAGUACUAUUCCUUAGAUACCCAAAAUUCUUCAAAUCUUUACAAUAUCGAUAGAGAAUUUUUCAAUAAAUUAACUCUUGAAAAUUUAAAUCUCUCACAAACUGAUGAAAAUCAUAUUGUACAGUGUGCCCGAAGCUAUGAGGAGUUGAAACAUUGUUUGACUCUAAGUAAAGAAGAGAGAAGCCUAACUGAGGAGGAAAAUGAGUUAUUGGAGAAUAUGAUAGAGAGCAAAUGUGUAAAACUCCAGGAAAAUCCUGAAAAUUUAUUAGAAAUUGAGCAAAUUAAUAAACAACUAAGCAAAGAAGAACUUAAAAUAACUCUCAAAUCGCAAGAACCAAUAAGCCUACCAAGUGUUAAGGAGGACUUUAAAAAAGUAAAAUUGAAAUCCAGUAAUGAGGCCAUUCAGUUAUUUGAAUAUAAAUAUGAUAGCAAUGAGAAAAGUUUGGAAAAUACUGGACAAAGAACACCAACAACUGAAGAUGAACUAGUAAAGAAUUCCGAUAAACUAAUGAAAACAAUAUUGCUAAACACCCUUGCUGAGAAGAAAGAGAAGUUUCAAAAAGAAAAUUUAAACAUUGAACGUCAGAGUGAAGAAGAAAAAAAUAAAAUCGAAAGUAAUAUUGAUGUUGAAAGUGCAGCUUCUAAUAUAAAAGCUACAGGAGAAGGGCAUACAAACUCUCAACCAGAACAGUUUACUGUUGCAGGGGAUAUUUUAGGCGAUCCACUACGGGAGGGUACUGCGGAGACAAUUAAUGAUUUUUCAUCUAAUGAUGUUAUUGACAUUAGUGAUUCUGGAGAUAUAGAGGUCUUGGAAUGUAAUUUGGAAAUUAUUGGUUGCAAUGAUGAGUUAGUGGAUACCAUCACCGUUAAUGCUGAGAUUCAUUUUUAA